CGGCGGCGGCGGCGGCGCGCGCGGGGCGAUGGCGGACAGCGCCAGCGAGAGCGACACCGACGGCGGCGGCGGCAGCGGCGGCACCGCGGGGCCGCUGUCGGGGGGCGGCCCGGGCGCGGGGCCCGGCUGCGGCGCUGCGGGCGGCGGCGGCGGCUCCUCGGGGGGCGGCAAAGCGGGCGGGAUCGUGAUCUCGCCGUUCCGGCUGGAGGAGCUGACGAACCGCCUGGCCUCGCUGCAGCAGGAGAACAAGGUGCUGAAGAUCGAGCUGGAGACCUACAAGCUCAAGUGCAAGGCGCUGCAGGAGGAGAACCGCGACCUGCGCAAGGCCAGCGUCACCAUCCAAGCAAGGGCAGAGCAGGAAGAAGAAUUCAUCAGUAACACUCUAUUUAAGAAGAUUCAAGCUCUGCAGAAAGAAAAAGAAACCCUUGCAGUAAACUAUGAAAAGGAAGAGGAAUUUCUCACUAAUGAGCUCUCAAGAAAACUGAUGCAGCUGCAACAUGAGAAAGCUGAACUGGAGCAGCAUUUAGAACAGGAACAGGAAUUCCAAGUGAACAAACUGAUGAAGAAGAUUAAAAAACUGGAAAAUGAUACAAUUUCGAAGCAGCUCACCCUGGAGCAGCUAAGACGUGAGAAGAUUGACCUUGAGAACACUUUGGAGCAGGAACAAGAAGCACUAGUGAACCGUCUCUGGAAGAGGAUGGAUAAGCUUGAAGCAGAAAAACGAAUUUUGCAGGAGAAAUUAGACCAGCCAGUAUCUGCUCCACCAUCACCCAGAGACAUAUCAAUGGAGAUAGACUCUCCUGAAAAUAUGAUGAGACAUAUCAGGUUUUUAAAGAAUGAAGUGGAGAGGUUAAAGAAACAACUGAGAGCUGCACAGUUACAGCAUUCAGAGAAGAUGGCACAAUACUUAGAAGAAGAACGGCAUAUGAGAGAAGAAAACUUGAGACUUCAAAGAAAGUUACAGAGGGAAAUGGAACGUAGGGAAGCUCUCUGCAGACAACUGUCAGAAAGUGAAUCCAGCUUAGAAAUGGAUGAUGAAAGAUAUUUUAAUGAGAUGUCUGCACAAGGAUUAAGACCUCGCACUGUGUCCAGUCCUAUCCCUUAUACACCCUCACCAAGUUCUAGCAGACCUAUAUCACCUGGUCUGUCAUAUGCAAGUCACACAGUUGGUUUCACACCACCAACUUCACUGACUAGAGCUGGAAUGUCUUACUACAAUUCUCCAGGCCUUCAUGUGCAACAUAUGGGACCAUCCCAUGGUAUUACAAGGCCUUCACCACGAAGAAGUAACAGCCCCGACAAAUUUAAACGUCCCACUCCUCCUCCUUCUCCAAACACGCAGACCCCAGUGCAGCCACCUCCACCUCCACCUCCGCCACCCGUGCAACCUCCGGGCCAGGGCGCGGCGUCGCAGGCAGCCAAUUUCCAGCAUUCAGUGCAUCCCUCCUCUCAGCCUUAGUGCAUGUGCUCUGCAGUCUCUAUGUCAGAAGUGGACUCAUAACACGGAGCAGUUUACUAAAAGCCAAAGGCUUACUUGGCAUAUUUGGAUUUGACUUAUUUGCACUGAGGUUAUAUAGGCUUCACUGUUAAUUGUGUUGUAAACGUUUGUAUAAAAUGCAGCCAGUGUUGUGGGUCUACAACACUAACUUAACAAAGUUUUCCAUCAGUGUUUACUUGAACUACAUGUAUGUCCAUUCUCUGGCUGGAACAUUUGCUACUCUGUUUGGUAAUACGGCAUUAUGUCGUUUUGCUUGGCUCCAAAGCUUCAUUUUCCUGGCUUUUAGGUUUGUAAAAUUAAAGGGAUACCUUUUUAUAUUUUUUCAUGACAAUUUGCAGAAAAUGAAAGGCAUGAUGGGCUACGUGAUAAAUUCUGAAAUAUUACAGUGUUUACCAAGCUUAUGGAAGAUCAGCACUAUGUUUCAGUCAUUUAAUUUAUCAGCUUCUAGUGCAAAAGUGAGUCAGACACCCUAAUCAGUGCCCAAGACACAAGCUCUCUGGUAUUUCCUAGCAAAUAAGCUUAAUUCACAGAGGACACAUCCAUACUUCUCCUGUUUAAAAGCACCUCAAACACAUGGUACAGUCAGAACUUUACACUGAGGGAACUGGCUUGUUGGAGUCUGUGGAAUGUACAAUUUGUGGACCUUAAGAUUUGAUGAUGUCACUUGACAUUUCUGCUAACCUGUAAGCUGCCCAUACCGUGUGCCCUGUCACAGUGACUGCAGGGGAGUGUGGUCCUGCCCACAGGUUACUGAGAGCUGAUUCAAGUGUGUGCUCUUGGAUUUUUUUGCUGCAGAAGGCGAUGUGAUUGUAGAGAACAGCUGAUGAUAAUUUCUUUCUUGUUAAAAUAUAUUCAUUGUGAUUCCCCUGAAGCAAAGGUUGAACAGGUAUUUUAAAUGUUCAAAAGUCUGUUAGAAAACGAGAUCAUCAUAGAGGAAUAUAUUGGCUUAACAGCCAAAACUUUGUAUUGCUUGGUAGAAACAGAGUACAAGAAAGUAGCACAACAUGGCACUAAUGAAUGCUUAUUUAGCAGCCUAAGCCGGUACAAUGUACAAAGAAAUGUAUUCCAAAUACAUUCUUUCCAUUCAUUUAGCACAAAUAAAUUGGUUUCACUUUGCAGUGGAACAAAGUGUCACUUCUUGAUAUUGACAUCCUACUCGGUUACAUUUUUCCUGAGGUUCCUGUUGAGUACUGGGGUUUAUAUAUUAUUGAUAAUUUUAAAUGGUUUACCUCAUAUAUAUGGAUAUGUGGGCCAUGGAAAAUGACAAGAGAAUGUUUAUUUUAUGAGAAUAUGUAUCUGGCUAUAAUCAGAGCAGAACAUGAGUAAUUUAUCUUUUGUUUACAAAAGUUUGUUUGACAUGCUUAAUGCUUUAUUAAGGACAUUUUUAAGAAGGAAGUACAGCAUUCUGGUAGUAUACUAACACUUGUACAUAUAAUGUCAUGUUUGCCGCUCACCUCUUCAGUCAGAAUUGCAAACUGAAAAUCCUUAUGAGAAUAGUGCUCUAAAUCAAAGUUGUAAGUUAAAAUAAUGUUGUAAAAUGUUCCGCUUAAGGCAAAAUUAGAAUUUCUACACCGUAGCUAUGUAGUUUCAGCUCUGAGAGAAUUUAGAGAAAUACAUAUAUAGUCUAUUACACUUCUUAAACCAAUAUGGGAUCAAGUGCAUUAUCAAAUUACAUUACAUUAAUUAUGGUAGUUACUCUCCAGUCAAACAAUUCUCAAGAUUGUGGCAGACCUAAAAUUUGACCACUGCUUCCACCUGAAAAUUAUUGACCAUAGCAGAUGCUCAGCUUUCCAUAGAGGAAACUCAGCUCUGAGCAUUAUAAUUAACCAGAGCUCCUGAAUAAGUGAUAGGAUUGAAUGGGAGAAGGUGACAGAUAGUCAGAGGUGGGACUAAGGUCAAGAUGGGAUUGACUUAGUUUGACGCUUGUCCUUUUGUAAACAUAAGACGAAGAAAAAAAUAUACUCUUUUUGAAGUAGGAUUCCAGCUCAAGUAUCCCAGAAUUUGAAAUGGUGCCCUCCUUUCUGAAGUGCUUUGAGAUCCUUGGAUGUAUGGCUCUGUGGAGGGCAAUCUCAUGGUGGUGGUAGCACAAAUGUGGGUGGAAAAGGAAGAGCCUUUGAUGGUGUUUUAAGAUCUCAAAAUGGAAAAUUGCCUAGUAUAAUUUACAUUCGAAGCAUAUUCCAAAACUGAAUUUGUGUAACCCAAGUUCAGCUGCUGUUAUAAAGUGUCUUAGUGAACUUUCCUUACUGUUCCAGUGGGACUGUUACCAGAAGAAAGUAAAGAACUGACAAAUGUAUACUAAACCUUGAAAGUGUAAAAAGGCACUAAAUUGGCCUUAUCGAACUAAGAACGUUGAACAAACAUUUGCUUGCAAUCAGAAGUGUUAAACUCUAUUUGUAGACUUUUUGAAUAAGAUGAGAAAUUGUGCACAACCAUCUCCUAAUAAAUGUAAAUGGAUUUUCA